AUGACUUUGCCAUCUUCCUACAAGCGGGCCGUAUUCAGAGAGGCUGGCGGCUCUUUGCACGUAGAAGAAGUCGCGCUGACAAUGCCUGCCCCAGGCGAGGUGCUGGUAAAGGUCGAAGCCUGCGGUGUCUGUUUCUCCGACCACGUACCGCAAGCCUAUGGUGCUAUGGGACGAUUUCCCGUUGUGCCAGGCCACGAACUCAUCGGACAUGUCGCGGCGAUCGGCGACAAUGUUUCACAGUGGAAGAUCGGCGAUCGCAUUGGGGGACCGUGGCAUGGAGGCCAUGAUGGCACGUGUCUUGCCUGUCGCAGGGGGAAUUUUCAGAUGUGUGACCUGGGCAUAGUCAAUGGAGUCACCAGGGAUGGCGGAUAUGCCCAGUACUGCCUCUUGCGCGGCGAAGCUGGUGUGCGCAUCCCACCGCACAUUCCCGCCGCCGAGUAUGCCCCAAUUCUCUGUGCCGGCGUCACCGUCUUCAACUCGAUGCGCCGCAUGAACGUCCAGCCCGGCUCCGUCGUCGCAAUUCAAGGACUCGGGGGCCUCGGCCACUUGGCGAUUCAAUAUGCGAACCGGUUUGGGUUCCGCGUCGUGGCGAUUUCUCGUGACGCUCAAAAGGAGAAGUUUGUUCGGGAAUUGGGAGCUCAUAAGUAUAUUGAUAGCAGCAAAGAGGAUCCUGCCGAGGCGUUGCAGAAGAUCGGUGGUGCGGCUCUGGUGGUUGCCACUGCGCCGAAUCCCAAGGUGAUCGCGCCGUUGAUGAAGGGACUUGGUCCCCUUGGGAAGUUGCUUCUUCUUGCCACUGCCGGCGAAGUUCCGUUUGAUUCUAUGACGAUGAUCACGAAGGGCCUGUCUGUUCACGGAUGGCCGAGUGGACAUGCGCUUGAUUCGGAAGAGACGAUCCAGUUUACCGAGCUGGAGGGCGUCAAGUGCCUAGUAGAGACUUUCCCCUUGGAGAAAGCAAAUGAGGCCUUUGAGGCGAUGGUCAGAGGGACGGUGCGUUUCCGCGCGGUGAUUACCAUGGAUUAA